UGCGUGUGUCAGGGUGAAGGAGGGAGGGAGUAAUGGCCGGUGUGUUGGCCCCGUGUGAUGGUGCUGAGGUGACAGUGGCGCGGCGUGGACCAGCUGACACCUGUGCUGGCUCAAUGAGGGGUGCCGCGUGGGCCAGGUGGCGACGGUGAGUGCCGGGGCGGCCUGGCAGGGUGUCACUCCUGCCCUGCCAGGAGAGGCUGACUCGCCUUGGCCUGACAUCACUGGAGGAGAGGAGGAGACAUGAUGCAAACCUUCAAGAAUGUGUCAACGUUAAGCGAUGAAUAUGACCGCCAUGAGACUAGGAGACAGAGAAGAGGCACCUUUGACGAGCACUGACUCUAAACUAUCACCAAAGGACAGUCCAGCGGUGAAGCCGAGUGCGUCCCGAUGCAGCGUGAUGGCAGCCUCCUGCUGUGCGCCAGGCUGUGAGAGCAGGAACACUGUGGACUGCAAACUCACCUUCCACACGUUUCCAAAAGCCCCUGAGUUGCAGAAGAGGUGGAUCACUGUCACCGGCAGCAAGAAAGAGAAGUGUUUUGACCGCACCGGCCAGACCACCAGGCUCAGGACAGGGGCCUUGCCAAUCAUCUGGAAUUAUGUCCCCUGGAAGAAAAGAAAUACAAAAUUACCCUUUCUUCCUGUACCCUUGGAAGAGAUACUGGAGUCCACCUGUGAGCCCAACGUCAGCAGCCAAGAUACCAGGCAGCAUCAGGGGCUUCGUGGUGCAGUGGUUAGCACACUCGGCUCACAACUGAGAGAGCCCAGGUUCGAUUCCCGGGCGGAGUGGAAUAAUGUGGGCGUCUUUUCCAAUGCCCUACGCCCCUGUCCACCCAGCAGUGAAUGGGUACCAGGUGGUGAGGCCAAGGGGCAGAGGUUGUCCCUGCCACUGCGUGCUGUCCGGGCUGCACCACGACCACUGCUGGCUGAAGGAGGUCACCACAUGCGGGUCGGGGGUCACACAGCCACCGUCCAUGACCUGACCCCUAAGAGUGGAUACCAGCUGUCUGGAGUGGACACAGAAGUGGAUUCCUUACAGCAUCGGGACUCCCGUAAGAGGAGACAUAGGAAGCACAGCUAUGGAGGAGGAGGAGGAGGAGGGGGAAGGUUUAAGAUCUCGGUCACCUCGGAGUCUUGUCACUGGAAACUUCCGAGGAGCUGCGUCGGCGCGUCACACUCCACCUACAACCUAACCCAGGACUGUACCAGGCUGAGCUGCAUGACAUCCUAUACUAAGAUCGAACCUGCCUGCAACCUCAAGAUCAAGUACGGGUCACCCAAGCCUAGGAGACACCGUAGCCUCGCCGAUCUAAGAGCAUUCAGCCGUCUGGGCAUGGAUGCCACCAGUUCAGCUGUGAAGGGUAUUGCCGUGACCCCUAUAAUACAUUUUGUAAUGGUGACCUUUGUGUAA